AUGGCUUUUUCUUCUCCUGUAUUACUUCAAACCUCUCCACCACCACCAUCUUCAACUUCAUCAAGAUCAAAUCUUUCGACAUCCGAUGGCCUUGAAAACUGUGUCAGUAUGGUUGAACUAAAACAGUACCACUCAAAAAUCAUUAGAUUAGGCCUAUCAAAAGAUAAUGAUGCCAUAGGGAGAGUUAUCAAAUUUUGUGCAAUAUCUAAAUCAGGUGAUAUGAAUUAUGCCCUUAAAGUGUUUCAUGGAAUUGCAAAACCAGAUACUUUCAUUUAUAAUACUAUUAUUAGAGGUUACUUGAACUCUCAUAUAACAAAAGAUUGUAUAAUAUUGUAUUCUCAAAUGUUAGAAAACUCUGUUUAUCCUAAUAAGUUUACUUACCCAUGUGUGAUUAGAGCUUGUUGUAAUGGAAAUCAGACAAUGGAGUUAAGACAGAUACAUGCACAUGUUUUGAAGUUUGGAUUUCAGGGAGAUAAGUUUUGUUUGAACAACUUGAUUCAUAUGUAUGUGAAUUUUGAGUGUUUGGAUGAUGCACGACGGGUGUUUGAUAAAAUGGUGAAUAAAGAUUUUGUUUCUUGGACUACUUUGAUUACUGGGUAUUCGAAGUUGGGUUUUCUAGAUGAUGCGUAUGAAGUUUUUGAGUCGAUGCCGGAAAGGAAUUCUGCUUCUUGGAAUGCUAUGAUUGCAGGGUAUGUUCAAAGUGACCGUUUUCAUGAAGCUUUUCGAUUGUUUGAAAGGAUGCAGUUAGAGAAAGUUAAGCUGGAUAAAUUUGUUGCAGCUAGUAUGUUAUCAGCUUGUACAGGAUUGGGAGCUCUAGAGCAAGGAGAGUGGAUAUAUGAACAUAUAAAGAAGAGUGGAUUCGAAGUGGAUUCGAAACUAGCAACAACUAUUAUUGACAUGUAUUGUAAAUGUGGAUGUUUAGAGAAAGCAUUUGAAGUCUUUAAUGGGUUAAAACACAAAGGGAUUUCUUCAUGGAAUUGUAUGAUUGGAGGAAUAGCAAUGCACGGGCAAGGGAAAGCUGCAAUAGAGCUUUUUGAGGAGAUGCAAAAACAGAUGGUAGCUCCGGAUGGGAUCACGUUUGUGAAUUUGCUUAGUGCAUGUGCUCAUAAAGGUUUGAUUGAAGAGGGACAGCAUUACUUUCACCUCAUGAAACAAGUUCACAGAAUUGAGCCGAAGAUGGAGCACUUUGGGUGCAUGGUGGAUAUGCUUGGUAGAGCUGGGUUUCUAGACGAAGCAAAAAGGCUUAUAGAUGAGAUGCCAAUGAGUCCUGAUGCAGGUGUACUGGGUGCACUUCUGGGAGCAUGUAAAAUUCAUGGAGACAUCGAGUUGGGUGAAGAAAUAGGAAAACAAGUAAUCGAGUUAGAACCCCAUAACAGUGGUCGUUACGUGUUAUUAGCAAACUUAUAUGCAAAUGUAGGUAGAUGGGAUGAUGUUGCCAGAGUGAGAAAGUUGAUGAAUGAUCGAGGAGUAAAAAAGGUGCCUGGUUUUUCUGUAAUCGAGUUGGAUGGCGUUGUUAGCGAGUUCAUUGCUGGAGGUAGGAUGCAUCCUGAAUCUAAAGAGAUAUAUGCCAAGGUUGAUGAAAUGUUGACAUGCAUCAGAUCGGUAGGUUAUAUACCUGAAACUGAUGCAGUAUCGCAUGAUAUUGUUGAGGAAGAGGAAAAGGAGAAUCCAUUGUACUUCCACAGCGAAAAGCUUGCCAUUGCUUUUGGGUUAUUGAAAACCAAACCUGGAUCUAUCAUUCGGAUAUCAAAGAAUUUGAGAGUGUGCAAAGAUUGCCACCAAGCUAGUAAGUUCAUUUCUGAGGUUUUCGAUCGGGAAAUAAUUGUGAGAGAUAGAAACAGGUUCCACCAUUUUAAGAAUGGUGAAUGUUCUUGUAAAGAUUACUGGUGAGGUAGUAGUGGUGGACAGGGCUAUUGCAUAAUUUAGAGGAAAUUCAAACUCCCCCACUGCUUGUAUCGUUGUAUGUGUUCUGUAUCUCAAUGACUGCCCUAAAACUGUACAUGCAACCGGCUUAUAAUAGUCGAACUUUCGGGUUG